AUGGCUUUUCAUGGGUAUAUUGUGUCUUGUGCUGAUUACUGUACGUACUUCAACAAAUACUGCAACACCACUCACCCCCGUUAUGAUAAUGUUCUUUUCUGUGCCAGUGACGGAAAGAAGUACACAGGACAAUGUAAUUUCUUUACUGCAGCGUGUCUUCAUAAUGUAACAGUAUUAUCAAUAGGAUCCAACUGUGAAAAUAAUAAUACAGUCCAACACCACACCCGACCACCACUAACAAAACUCCCUCCCCUCAACUACUUCGAAAUAAAUUUAUACCAUUCUAUUGCUAGAAGCAUAGACGACAGAUUGGAAUUAUCGAAGGCACGGGGUAUAACUUCAGAAAAGGCUAAACCAAUUUAUUCAAAACAAGAUCAUACAAACAAGAUUUAUAUUAGAAAUUCAGACUGUUGGGCAUAUGGUUUAGAUUUAACUCCUAUAUCUCCGUGGAAUAGUAAUCAUGGAGUAAGGAAAGCUGGAACCUUGGUUACUAGAAGACAUUUACUAUGGGCAAGGCAUUACAAUAUUCCUGUCGGAACAACAAUAAGAUUCGUCGCAUUGAAUAACACAGUCGUAGAAAGAAAAAUAGCAGCCAUAAAAUUCGUCAAUCAUUCUUCGAAAGGUCAUGAAUCAUUUUGGGGUCGAGAUAUUGUAGUUGGUAUGUUAGAUAGAGAUGUUCCUGAUGGUAUCUCAUUUUCUAAGGUAAUGCCAAAAGAUAUUACUGAAUUUCGUCCAAACUCAAAUACAAGACUACCAGUUCUGAGCACGGAUUUUGAAGAAAAGGCUUUGGUAACCGAUUUCUCCUAUUACAGAAACACUGGAAUUGGUCUAAGAAUUCCUGCAACUGGAUCAAUUGAAAAUGAAUAUUAUGAAAGUAAAAUAGUUGGUGACAGUGGAAAUCCUUCUUUUUUUAUCAUCAAUGAUGAAUUAGUAUUACUAUUUGUAUUUACUAGUGGCGGGGCAGGAGGUGGAACUUCUAUUAAUCAUUAUUAUGAUGAAAUUAAUCGAUUAAUGAAAGAGGAAGGUAGCCAAUAUCAACUUACUCCAAUAGAUUUAAAUAAGUUUGAACGACAGGGACAUCAAAUCCCACAUAUCAUAGGUUAA